CAAUGUUGGCGAUAGUGUUUAUGUACGGCAGGAAGUAAGAAAUGAUUCGUCUGCGCUAGGUAGAGCGAAAUUAAACAAGAUUCGGCCAUUUUCAUGUGGUUAGUUGUCCACGUUUGAUAGUUGUACGGUUGUUUAUUAUUUUUUAGUUAAAAUGAAGGCUAAAGGAGAAUUGAAGGAAUAUGAAGUGAUUGGUCGCAAGUUGCCUACUGAGAAAGAAAAGACCACACCACUUUAUAAAAUGCGAAUUUUCGCCCCAGAUAGAAUUGUUGCUAAGUCUCGCUUUUGGUAUUUCUUAAGGCAAUUAAAAAAAUUCAAGAAGACUACUGGGGAAAUUGUAUCAAUCAAGCCGAUACAUGAGAAGACACCUAUUAAGAUAAAGAAUUUCGGCAUUUGGCUGCGAUAUGACUCCAGAUCUGGAACACACAAUAUGUACAGGGAAUACAGAGACUUAACUGUCGGAGGUGCCGUCACUCAGUGCUAUCGUGACAUGGGUGCACGCCACAGGGCUCGUGCUCACUCUAUUCAAGUAAUCAAAGUGGAAGAAGUGAAAGCUGCUAAUUGUAGACGCCCUCAAGUUACACAAUUCCACGAUGCGAAAAUCAGGUUCCCAUUGCCCAAACGUGUACAACAACGCAAUCUAAUGCCUAAGUUCUCAGUGCGCAAACCACGUACAUUCUUCUUGUAAGAUCACAUGUAUGUUAUAUUAUAAUAAAGAGGAAAUCUAAUACUCGCA